UUUAUUUUCCUCUUAAUGCAGAUGUUUAUCUUGCUGGGACCGUGAUGUUCAUAUUCGGGAUGGGCUUGUAUGGAUUGUUUAUCACUGAUUUCUCUGCUGAUGGGAGUCCAACUGCCGACCGUGCCCUCAAGCAUUCUUCCUUGUUUGGGAUGUUUGCUCUGAAGGAGAGGCCAAAAUGGAUGAAGAUCAGUUCGCUUGAUGAACUUAAAACCAAAGUUGGACAUGUAAUUGUUAUGAUCCUUCUAGUCAAGAUGUUCGAGAGGAGCAAGAUGGUCCCUAUAGCCACUGGUGCUGAUCUAUUGAGCUACUCUGUGUGUAUUUUCCUGUCCUCUGCUUCCUUGUAUAUUCUUCAUGCUCUGCACAAGUCAGAAUGAA